GCAGGACAAGGGCCCCUUGCCCUAGGGGAGAGUGUACCUUGCGGUGUGUUCAGGCCUUUGGCCCUCAGCUGGACGCGGCCUGUCGGUCUGGUGCGCAGAGUGCAGCUGGUGGGUGCUGUUUCCUGCAGGCUCACACAACAAACGGGCCUAUGUGUCGGCCCCGAUGGGUCCAUGGGUGUGGUGUGGGCCUAUACUGGUUCAUGGGAGCCCAUGGCCACGCAGGUAGGAACACACCAGCCACCUGGGCUGCUUCAGGUUUGGGGCAGCUGGGCCAGGAGGCUGACCCUUUUCAUCUCCGGUUCCUCUUGGGAAGUAUGGGUAAAUCCUCCUCAGGGGAGGAAUCUCUUGCCUGGUGGGAUCUAGGCCUCUCUGUGGUGAGCAGAGCUGGGUCUGGGACCUCUGCCCCACUGUUCCCCAGAACCCUUUCCUGGCACAGCUUGUGACGUGGGCACUUUGUUCUUAAGACUCCUUCAUCCUCUGUGAAGGGCAGGUUUUGUGCCUCCACACACUUCUCAGUAGCUCAGGAAUGCUCCCUGCUGCUUUCCCCAGCUUUGGCCCUGUCAGUCCUGUUAGGCCCUCCUUUGCUGGGAUGGAUCAGACCACCUACUGGAGGUCACCACGCCCCUUACUAUACGAGGAGGGAUUUGGGUGGUGUAUGUCCCUGCCUGGUCCCUCAGAGGGACCAGUCUGGCUUCAGCCCCGAGGAGCAGCUAGGACAGGAGACUGCUGCCCAGGCUGGUACCAUGUGUCUUAGAGCUGCAUGGUCAUCAGUAACAGCACCAUCUCCUUCCUCUCUCUCCAGACCCAACCUGCAGGUCUGGAAGAGUCUAUGGCUAGAGAAAGGGACAGGAAUGGCUGGAAGGGAGCAGGGGCAAGAGAGGACAUGUGUCUGAUUGGUGGUUACAGGUAUUCCCUACUUUUCAAAAGUUUGCUUUAUUCCACUUCACUUUCAUGGGAGACCUACAUUAAUUAGUAACUAUUUUCAGUAAUGGAAAGAAAUUUGAAGAGUUUUACAAGACAAGGUAAUUGCUUCUUUACACUAUUUUGGCUUAUGAAAAGGUUUCAUAGGAAUACUCUUCUUUCAGAUAGUGGGGGCGACCUGUAUUGGACCCCAUUUGGUGGGCACAGCAGAUCUGCAUCAGUUCCAUGUUGCCUGAUCUCAAGAGCAUGGCACACAGAAGGUGCUCAUGAGUUGGCAGUGGGAGGAGUGAACAAAUGCCAAGCAGCCAUGAGAUCCAGCCGUCCUGAGCCGGAUGCCCCGGAACCCCUCAGUGCCCACCCUCAGCCCCUGUCCCGAAGUUCCUCCAGCCUGCUGGGUGAAGGCCGGGGGCAGAGGCCAGAGUAUCGCAAGAGAGCCAGCAGCGUUGUAUGGCAGGCCCAGCUUGGUGAGGCCAGCACUGGCGCCCAGGUCCCGGAGGCGGAGGGGCAGCAGGCUGAGCGCGUGGAGCAGGCACGAACCUCCAGCUCCCAGCUGCAGCCCAGCGCUGUGGGCCACUGGCGCAGCAGCACUGUGGGCAACGUGUCCACCAUGGGCGGUAGUGACCUGAGUCACCCGCGGGACCCUAGCGCUGCCGCUAUGCAGAGGAGCCACUCGGACCUGGUUCGCAGCACCCAGAUCCGGGGUCACAGCGGUGCUCAAAAGGCCAGCCUCAGCUGCUCAGCCCUGGGCAGCUCGCCUGUCCAUAGGGCUCGGCUGCAGCCCAGCAGCACCUCGGGCCAGAGUGGCCAGACCCCUGCAGGCUUGGAAAGGGACCUGGCUCCGGAGAACAAGACUUCAAACUCAGCCUGGACACUGGAGAGUCAGGUGUGGGUGCCACCAGCUGCCUUGGGAGGCACAGUGACCCACAGCAGCAGCCCCAAAGCCACUGGCCAAUCGGCCACCACCUCCUGCCACGCUUUGUCUCCAGCAGCCCCGCUCUGUGGCAUGAGGGAGAUGGGGGCCAGCAGCUGCUGCUAUGGCUUGCCUGCCCCAGGGAUUCUGGCCUUUCCCAAACUAGUGGCGUCAGUGAGUGAAUCUAGGCUGCAGGCUCACCGUGGGGUGAAACUCCGGUGUACGUUUCCUGGGGGGCUUCCUGGGCACUCCCACUGCUGUGCCCACCCUUGGGGUCCCACAGGGUUAGCCAUGGAGCCUAGUGCCAGGACCAAGGAUAUGUGGACCAUGACCUCAGCAAGUGACUUGGCCCCAGUCUUGGCUUCCCCUCUGUCAGCCCAGGAUGCUGGUGUCCAAGCAGCCCCCAAGGCCGUCUGCAAGGCAGUGGCCACUAGCCCGCCUCUGGAAGCCCCUGUGGCCCUGCACCUGUUCCCGGAGGUGACUCUGGAGUCCAGCCUGGCAGCGGCGCCAUCUCCUGUGCGGGACGUACGAUGGGAUGCUGAGGGCAUGACAUGGGAGGUCUAUGGAGCUGCAGUGGACCCGGAGGUGCUCGGUGUGGCCAUCCAGAAGCACCUAGAGAUGCAGUUUGAGCAGCUGCAGCGGGCCCCUGCCAGCGAGGACAGCCUGUCUGCUGAGGGUAGGAGGGGGCCACUUCGAGCGGUCAUGCAGUCCCUGCGGCGCCCCAGCUGCUGUGGCUGCUCCAGUGCAGCCCCCGAGUGAGGGGCUGCAGCUCCUGGAGCUGCCCGGGGUGCGUGGACUCAGCCCCAGGGGCGGUGGGGUCCCCGUGCUCUUUGGAUCCACAGGCACCCACCGACACGUCUCUGUCCUCUGCUGCCCGCAGGUCACAGGACUGCAGCCUGGGGGUUCCCUGCCCCCGGCAGUCGGGCUAGUUUAUAAGGGCUUGAUUCCCAAGAGCCACGUGCGGGCUCUGAACUUUGGGACAGUUUCAACACUGUGCGCAAGGGGGAUCCUGACUUCUCUGUAAAAACCCUUGACCUUCUAUCCAGUCUCUGUUCAGAACUCUGCCAUGAUUUCCCCCAGGCCUCUUUGUGGCUUUAUUUUGACAGCAGUGCUGAGAUACAACAAAUUCCUGACAUAAGAGGUGGGGUCUCAAGUGGCAAGGGCUGUCUAAGUCUUCAGGGAAGGGAACUGACAUUGUUGAGGCGUCCUGUGUGCCUCACGCUUGUCAACUCACUUUCCUGAGUCUUCACCGUGUUUUACAGACAUAACCACAGACAUUUGGCAAGACUGCAGCUGCCAUGCCCAGGUUGGACAGCUCACAGUGGUGGGCUAAGAGCGGAGCCGGGGGCUGGCUGAAGCCUGGUGUGUUUUCCUGCAGCAUGUGGUUGGCAGAGCAGGGCAGUUGUGAACAAGAAUUUAUUGAGCCCAUAUUCAUUGCCAGGUUUUGUGGCUUCCUUGGGGAAGAAGCUGCCUGUGCCCUUGUUGGGCUCACCAUGUGUUGAGCAUUGUAGAGGGCUGCAGGGUACUUCUCGGAGCCAACAGCCUGGUAGAUGAUUGUGUUAGGGUCUGGCAAAGGUUAGUGCCCUGCUGAGGGUCACUUGGCAUGGGAAAGUGGAGUCAGGACCCACAUGCAGCCCUGCCCGUGACAUGGGCCUGUUCCUGGGCCCCCUUUUGCACCCAGGAACCCAGGAUCUGACAGCCAGCAUAUUCCCCAUCCCCAGGGGACCAGCACUCUCGAGGUGGAAAGGACUCGCAACAGUGGGUUAACUUUUAAAGCAGUAGUGACAAGAGGCCAGAGGAACCAGGUGAGAAAGGCAGAUUUCAGGUCAGAAUGCAUCCCAAGACCCAGCAUGGGGCUUUCAUAUUCCAACAUGUGACUUUCUCACUCCCAGCUGAGGCUGGGUGAACUGCCACUCCUGCUUGACAAUGACAGCAGAGCAGAGCUGCUUCUGAGGGUGGGCCUGGGGCAAAGGGGUGGUGCGGUGUGCAGGAGGGCACUUGACUUUAUCUCCCUUUUAAAAUGUGAUCAAGCAGGUUGUCAUGAGGGUCUUGACACCAUGUCGCCUGGGGUCCUGGGCCUGUUCAUCCCUCCAUGUGUGGAAUGGGGCAGGCGAGUCCACUCUCGGGAGUGACACGUGGGGACCAGGGUGUCCUCAUCUCUGGCCCCGCACGGGAGCACCAAGAACCCAGCUGUGGGGACACAAGGGGAGGGGUGAUGAACUGGCGUAGGAAGUCACCUUCACACAGGGCCAGAGCUGAGCAGGGUCUUGAGGGCACAGUGAGGCUGGACGGGUGGGUGAGUGGGAUGUGGCUACUAGGCAGAACAGCCUGGUCAGAGGCUUUGGAGGUUCCUGUCCUGCCCGGGUUGUGGUGAAUCAUUGAGGUAAAGGCUGUAUUGGGGUGUUUGUCGAGUUGGGAGGCUGGUAAGGGGGUCCCAACUGUGAAGCUCCUGGUGUGACUAUGGAAGGGGGCUUUAUAGGAGCUGUGGAUGCAGGAGUGGGGCCAGAUUUCAGUACAGUAAUAUCCCUUUGGCUGCCAUGAGGGGAGGCGGGAGCCUGAGCGGGGGGAAGGGGAGGGGUACUUGGGUACGGGAGCCAAGGAGGGGCCUGUUAGGGGGAAAUGGAGUGGGUAGCUGGGGCUGAGCACGCAUACUCACACACAGUGUGUGGCGGAUUGGGGAAGAAGGAGUUGCAGAAAGCUGCGGUUUCCAGUUUGAAUAAAAGGAGAUGAAGCUACCACGUGGGACAAGGUGGGAGGCCCGGGAGGGGCAGGUGAAGGGCCAUAUGCCCCAGGGCUUUGUGGGCACCAGUGGCACCCUUCACGGAGAGACUUUCUCCCCUGUCCUACACAUGCCGUCCUGCGCUUACUCUCCACACACCACCCCACAUGCUACACCUGGUGAGCCAAGACGGCAGGCCGGGGUACAGCCCGAGCGGGAAGGGCCAGCCCAGCCUCCCGCCUGCCUCAUCAUGGCCGAGGUGAAGGCUGGCAGGGUGGUGCUGGACUCCAGCCUGGCCUGUGUCUGACCUUGGUGCUGUGCGUAGCUGGGGCCCACAGAACAGCCCCCCUAGGUAAGCUUGCCACCCCCAAACAGUGGAAAAAGAGUGUCCUUGGCCUCACUAACCCAGGCUGCACAGCCUCUGCGGAUAGGUCUACUUGGAGGAGCUGAAGCUUCAUUUCCAAAUUCAAUCUGGAGGCCCAAUCCGCCACCCCACUUCCUGGCAGGCCUGGCUGGCAGUGGUUGAGGGUCCCAGGACGUGGCCACCGGCUUCCUUUACAGGGCUCCUCCUCUCAGACUCCAGGUUUCUGUCCAGACUUUCUGGGACCCUGUCAGGCCUGGCUCUAGGAGGUGGUGGAUUUCACUGUGCGUGCAUUUGUUUCGUUUAGAAUUUGAAAUAAAGUAACGGAGGUCGCAACUUUGCCAGGGAAGGAUUUUGUUCUGGUAGAUUCUGUCCCGUAGAACAUCCUCCAGAUUCGUAGAGCUCCCCAUCCAGGCAGGAAUCUUCUUCCCUCAUCUCCAGGCAUUUUCCCUCUGUCCACUGGCUGUCCAUCCUGGCAACCUGGGCCCCUGGUAGCAGAAGCCUGGCUCCCUGACGCUUGACCCCGUGGGCCUGGCCAGGACACAGGGCGCGCAUCUCCUGUCCGAAUCGAAGUCUGCGAUCACCCCCGCAGGGACCACCAGUUCACCCGGGGAAGAAGCUGUCCCUGCCAGAGUGUGGGCUACUGACUUGGGGGAAUUCAGAGAGACUUCUUGAGAAGAUUUCAACCCAACUCCCUCUGCCCUGAUACAGUUCCCUGGAUUGCACGGCUGUGGUUGCAGAGGGGCUGGGACCCAGAGCUGGGUGUCGGGCCCCAGGCCGCUGAUCAGGUUGGCCAAGGGAAUUUGGUGCAGGGCUGGUACGCAGGCAGCGCAGCCAGGCGGAGGAGCCCGGGCGCCCCCUGGUGGCCGCAGAAUCGACUUUCAGAGGCACCUGGGGGCGCAGGUUGGGAGCCACCAACCCCGCCCCGCACGCGGGCGGUCUGGCCCGACCGUCUUCCCCUCCCGCCCUGGUUCGGAGACUCGGGCGGGGUGGGGGCAGGGCGGUCACUGCCAAGUUCGGUCCCUCUGCCGUCUCUCCCCCUUCCGCCACUCCUGAUUCUCCACGCCAACCAGGACACCUGAGGGGAAGAUUCCAGAGAGGAGGAAAGAGCUGGAGAAGACGGAGGAGGUGGAGUCCAGGUAGGGCCGGGUGCAGUGAGGCGUGCAGUUCAAAAUGGGUCAUAAGUCAGCAGAGAGAACUCAGAACAUCAGCAAUGCAUGUGGCCCAGGAACUGCCAAUGAACGUACAGUGCAGUGGUAGCUCAAGAAGUUUUGCAAAGGAGAUGAGAGCCUUGAAGAUGAGGAGUGUGGUGGUGAGCCACCGGAAGUUGACAACGACCAGUUGAAAACCAUCAUGGAAGCCGAUCCUCUUACAGCUACGCGAGAAGUUGUUGAAGAAUUCAGCAUUGGCCUUUCUAUAGCUGUUUGGCAUUUGAAGCAAAUUGGAAAGGCAAAAAGCUUGGUAAGUGGGUGCCUCAUGCGGUGACUGAAAAAAAAAAUUGUUUUCAAGCGUCCUCUUAUUCUACGCAACAAAGAUGGACUAUUUCUCUAUCAAAUUGUGACGUGAGACAAAAUGUGGAUUUGAUAUGACAACUGGUGACAACCAGCUCAGUGGUCCGACUGAGAAAUUCCAAAGCACUUCCCGUAGCCAAACUUGUACCAAAAAAUGCUCAUAGUCACUGGUUUGGGGGUCUGCUGCUGGUGUGAUCCACUACAGCUUUCUGAAUCCCAGUGAAACCAUUGCAUAUGAGAAGUGUGCUCAGCAAAUUGAUGAGAUGCACUGAAAAAUUCAAUGCUCUCAGCCAGCACUGGUCAGCAGAAAGGGCCCAGUUCUUCUCCACGACAACACUUACCUGCACGUCACAUAACCAAUGCUUCAAAAGUUGAACAAAUUGGGCUACAAAGUUUCACCUCAUCCAUCUGACCUCCCGCCUAUCGAUUCCCACUUCUUCAAGGGUCUCUUGACAACUUUUUGCAGGGAAAACACUUCCACAAUCCGCAGGAGACAGAAAAUGCUUUCUAAGAGUUUGUUGAAUCCCAAAGCAUGGGUUUUUAUGCCCUGGAAAUAAUUUAUCAUUGGCAAAAAUGUGUUGACUGUAAUGG